AUGAACACUGAUCGCUUAGUAGAAGGCGACUACGAUAUCUUUUGCCCUCGGGGCGACAUCAAACUGACCGAAGAGGACUGCGUGCGACGAGUUUACUCCGGUAGCCAAAGCAGCCGAGAAAACUCCUUUCGGCAUUUUGUGCGGGCGCGAGAUGGUAAAUGCGUGUUGACUGGAGUAGUCAACAAAUAUGCAAGUGAGGAUAGGUGUUGGGUCGGCUUCGAAGCGGCGCACAUCUUCCCUAUGGUGCACGAGGGACUUUGGCGCCGGUGUAAUCUCAGCCGUUUUAUCACGCGUCCUGGACGACACACAAUCCACUCAGUCCAGAACGGGCUAUUAGUUACGACAACAAUGCACCAUCUAUUUGAUAGCUUUCUCGUUUCCGUUAACCCAGAUGAUUGCUACAAGAUCACGGAUUUUGGUGCCAAUAACUUCAACGUCGAUGGUCGAGUACUGGAUAUCGUGUGCCGAAAUCCGAACAAUCCUGACCCUGCGAGCACGAUUUUCCCCCCGGGCACUGAUAUGAUGAAAGAAAUCCUCCAAGGCCCAGUUCCGGCUCAGCGCAUGGAACUGGAGCUAUUCUCUCGGUUACAAAGAAUUCCGCAAGAGGACGAGGAAAGCCCGAAGACAGAAGGGGAAGGGGAAGGGGAAGAGGAAGGCCAAGGCCUGGCAUAG